GUAAAGAAAAAAUGUAAACAAACGUCAUGUAACUAUUCCAUUUCGCAAUCAGCUGUGUGCCGGUGGCAAAAUGAUCCGAAAGUUUGCGAAAUAUUGGCGCGAUUCGGCGUCUCUGCUCAUAUUAGCAAGAGAUCGUUCGACCAUGCACCAGGAGAAGUAUAAUUACAAGGUGCUCGUAUUCAAACGGACUGCCAAAAUGGCCUUCAUGCCGAACAGUAUAGUUUUUCCCGGUGGAGGAUUCGACAAACAAGAUGCCUCACUGCAAUGGGAAUCGUUCUUUCGCAAUAGAAACAUACCUGACAGCGCCUUGAAAAGCCUUACCGAAGUGGACGGAUCGAGACCAUACAUAUUUCACACGGAGAGUACAGAUUUGCUCGAUCGUAACAUAUCGCUACGGCUGUGUGCAUUACGUGAAGCCUUCGAAGAGCUCGGUGUAUUGCUUGUGGUUAAUGAACUGAAGCAGAAACAGGAACUUCAUUACAGCAAAUGGCAGAAGUCGUUUGAUGUAGAACUGUGGCAGCAAAAGAUACAUAAUGGAGACGCAUUGUUUCAGGAAUUACAUACUGCGCUCGGCACCAUGCCGGAUGUGUUUAAUCUCUAUGAAUGGUCGUGCUGGUUAACACCGGCCAUGUUCCGAAAGCGGCGGUUUGAAACGGCAUUCUAUUUAGCAAUUUUAGAUGAAAUGCCAGACAUACACCCGGAACGACACGAAGUACAGGAAUAUUACUGGGAUACACCGGCCUCUUUGUUGCAAGCACAUCGCGAGGAAAAAAUAUGGCUAGCACCACCGCAAACUUAUGAGCUGACGAGGCUUAGCUAUGUGCAUGAUAUAGACCAGUUGGCCCGUUUCGCAGCCAAGCGCAACCGGAAGGGGUCAACUUUGCUCUGCCCUGUGCAAUAUAAUGCUGCAGAUGGAGUAAUAUUCGUGUUGCCAGGGGAUGAUUUGUACCCAUCCAGGUACGACUACAUCUCGGACAAUCCGGACCUCGACAAGUACGGAGACCUAACGCAGGAAGUGAUACGCAAGCAGUCGAAAAGGCUGCACCGUGUAGAGCACAAGGAUUUACAUCAUCAAGCAUUCUUUCUUAAUAUUCAUCCCCUGGAUGAUCACCUGCACUUACAGGGAGAAAAUGAUUUCUUUAAACAUUUCUAAACCUUGUGACUAACAGCGAAGGAAGAAGAAUUAUCUGACGGGUACAUUAACAAAGGCAGACACGAAAAAUGGUUUGUACUAAACAAUAGAAUGAAAAACACCUUCUAACCAU